AUGGCAUCUAAUGCAGACUCCUGUGAUUCCUGUAAAGACAACUUUGUAGUCAACUCAAAAUACAUUGAAUGCAGUAUAUGUGAAGGCAGAUAUCAUACAGUUUGCGUUUCGGUGAAGGACUCUUGGUUGAAGCUCUUUUCUGAUUGGUCACGUGAACAGCAACUGGCUUCUGAAAUUGCAGCAUUGAAAAAAGAGAUCGCAUUUUUAACACAUGAGAAGAACUUGAGCUCUAAGAUGAUAGAGCAACUAGAAUACACAAACAAUCUCCAAAAAUCAGUCAUUGAUUCGCAUCAUCAACAAGCAGCUCAUUCCACUAUGAAUUCAGUUAUGCUACCUUCGAGAUCAACUGCUUCCUCAACGCUAAGCUUUAGCGAUGCAGUCAAAAAAAUACCGAACAGGUCUUCUGUCUUGCUAAUCAAGUCUGACAGUAACUCUGGCAAUAACGAUAUUCUGCGGGAUGUAACAACUUCAGUAAAUCCUGCUGAAAUUGAUGUUUGCAUUAAUAACACGCACAAAAUAAGAAAUGGAAUUGCAGUUUACUGUCAAGAUGAGAAGUCACUUACGUUCCGUCUUGUCGAUAUAUCUACAGUAUUGGAUGCUAUUCGCAGUAUCAAGUCCAAUUCUAGUGGUAUUGAUGGCAUUACCAUUGAGAUGAUUAAAUUGUGUCUACCUGCUGUAGGAAUAUACAUUUUGCACUUAAUAAAUUGUUGUUUAGAGCGCGGUGUUUUUCCAAUUGCUUGGAAGGAAGCAUUAGUGCAACCUCUUCCAAAGAUUCCCAAUCCCCAGGUUCCUGGUGAUCUCCGACCUAUUAGCUUGCUGUCAGCUCUAUCAAAAAUUCUAGAAAAAAUAGUUUAUAUGCAGUUGAAUGAGUAUUUACUCGAACGCAGCAUUUUGCCAUUAAAUCAAUCAGGCUUUAGAAAGGGUCACAGUACCACUACUGCUUUGGCACGGGUUUGUGACGAUGUACUAACAGCGGCGGAUAGGCAAGAAGCAACUGCAUUAGUCUUAUUGGAUUUCAGCAAGGCUUUUGACAUCCUGAAUCAUAAGCUGUUAGUUUCUAAAUGUGAAUACAUUGGAUGUGACGACUUGGUUCUGGAAUGGAUAGAUUGCUAUUUAAAUGAACGACAUCAAUAUGUCGUCAUACAAAAUAAACUUUCAGACAAAAGGCCGAUUUGUUCCGGCGUGCCUCAGGGAUCCAUAUUAGGUCCACUUUUAUUCCUUAUAUACACCUUUGACAUUUCUAACACCCUUCAACAUUGUUCUGGUCAAUCAUAUGCUGAUGAUAUGCAGGUUUUUCAUAAUUUCUGUCCGAACAACUACCAUUUAGCUAACAACCUUAUCAAUCACAUAUGCUGCAAAACAUAA